GGAGGGAGAGAGAGAGAGAGAGGAGGGGGGUGGCUGUUGAAGCUGCCGGUCUGCGGGACAGAGCAACAGAAGAGAGAGAGACAGCAGCAGCUCUAUGGCUGUAAACCAGAGCGCGUUUCAGGGAUGGUGUGUCAGUGUGAACCGCCGCUGUUUUCAGGAUGAUUCUUCUCUCCAGACCACAGACUGAGGGCUAAUCUGAGUACCAGUGACCAGUGAGCUCCUCCACCACCAGCAUCACUACAGAGAAGAUGCAGAUGUCCCUAGGUCGUACCCCCUCCGUGCUGUGAGAUGGGCAGGAGGUCCAGGGCUGCUGCCUCCUCCUCAUCCUCCUCCACCGCGUGCUGCGCUCCCGGCACGUGCGAGCAGGGGUCGGUGUGCAGGGCGCGCGUGCUGCUGCUGUGUCUGUGCGUCUUGCUGGCGUUUGCUCUCACUCUGGGACUGAUGCUGUCCGAAAACGAGACAAGGAAUAUUGAAGAACUGCCAGUCAGAGUACCAGAUCUCAACAAAGAUAAACUAACUCACAGGCCGAGCAGACCCACCAGAGCGCAGGUGAAACGGCUGGUCUCUGAGGUGAACUGGGCUCGGCUGUGGUACUCACAUCUCCAGCCUUUUCUCAUAGAGCGACAGCCUGGGUCCCGCGGAAGCCGCAAUGUUCGGAGGCACAUCUCCUCGCAGCUGGACUCGCUCUCUGCAGGGUGGUCAGUGGCGAUCGAUUCCUUUAACUCAGAAACCCCUCGUGGUCCAAUCAUCUUCUCCAACAUCCUCGCAGUGUUGGACCCCAUGGCUCCGAGGCGGUUGCUGCUUGCUUGCCACUACGACACCAAGAUCAUGUCUUUAAGCCCUCGUGUGCCGAAGCAGGUGUUUGUGGGGGCUAGUGACUCAGCUGUUCCCUGUGCUAUGAUACUGGAGCUGGUCACUGCACUGGAUGUGCACCUGAAAAUGCUCAAACAGCAGAUGGCUCCUGUGACGUUACAGCUAGUCUUCUUUGAUGGUGAGGAGUCGUUUGAGGAAGGAGUGUCCUCUGAUUCGUUGUAUGGCUCCCGACAUCUCGCCGAGCACAUGUCCAGCAUUCCACAUCCUCCAGGCUCUGAGCAGACCACACUUCUGCAUGCCGUGGAUCUCUUUGUUCUCCUGGAUCUAAUUGGUGCCCCAAGCCCCAUGUUUGUGAAUCAUUUUGAGAACACAGCUCGCUGGUUUGACCGUCUUGUGUCUGCAGAAAAGAGACUCCAUGAGCUGGGCCUGUUGUCUUCUCACCCUAACAAGCAGAUCUACUUUAGAAAAGAUGUGACCAAGGAUCCAGUCAAGGAUGAUCACGUGCCUUUUCUUCAGAGAGGGGUUCCAGUUCUGCACAUGAUCGCUACGCCCUUCCCUUUCUACUGGCACACAGUGGAGGACACUGCAGACAAGGUUCACGGCCACACCGUGGAGAAUCUCACCAAAGUCCUUGUGGUCUUCCUAGCGGAGUAUCUCAAACUAUAGAAUAACACAGCAUUUACUGGAACCACCCACAUCCUUCAUGAAAUCUAUAGCUGAGCCACAGUCAUGAUAUUCAGCGCAAGUGGAGAUCAGGAACGUGUAGGUGGUGGAGCUCUUGUUUGAGGCUAUCCUGUGCUUAGAGUUGAGCACAUGCUGAAAGAGGGGAUUUAAACAGUUCUUUAUGCCUCUGUAGCAUAAAGUUCAACCAUUGUAAAGCCUCCAUUAAUGAUUCAUUAUGGUUUUCUGCAGUCUGCUUUAAAGAAGACUAAAGAAGAACUCAAAUGGGAACUGUAGUAACAGUUCGGUGUGUCCUACCUAGAUAUCACAUGGGCUCAGGUCCAGAUGCCUAAAACAAAGAAAUACGGUACAAUAAGAUAAAGGGGAAUUCCACUUAUUUUUUGAUGUGAUGAAGAAAUACUCCAUCACUUCCUAUUAGUUCCAAAUGCAAACAAAAAGAUUAAAACGCAACAUACGUAAACGUAGCGAACAACAACAUUUACAAAGCAAACAAAAAUAUGACAACGCAACUACAUUUCAGAAACGCUUCAUUAAGGGAACGCAAAUACAUUGCCUCACCGGAAAUGCUCCUGGCCGCUAGAGGGCAAUGUUUUCUGAAAUGCUGCGUUUUCUUAAUGUACAGUGUGUCCCAAUUCAGGGGCUGCAUUCUUCGAAGGACGCGGUCUACGAAGGUGUGUCCUUAGAAGGAUGGGUAGGCUGCGAUGGCAGUACUGAAAUGGGACAGUCUACCCUACGGAGUAUUUCCUGUUUCCUGUUUGAGAUUCUACCCGCCACAACCAAAGUCAGAGCUGAGAAAUGAGCCAGAGAUUUUGAUUCUAGUUUUGCUUCAGACCAAAAAAUACCCAAUUAAUUAAGUCCAGGUUAAUAAACUGUGCAGUUACUUAAAUGUUUUAAAUGUGAACGGAUGGAACUGAACAUAAACAAAUAAAAGGGCGCUUGAAAUGAAGUUGAAAAAAGAGAAUAAAAUAGAAUAAUGUAUUAUUUAGUUUAUAUAUAUUGUAUUAUAUAUUAUAUAUUUAUUAUGUAUUAUGUCGUUUAAAGAUAUAUAAAUACUAUAUAAAAAGAAAUAUACUUAUAAAUAAACUAAAUAAUACAUUAAUACAUACACACACACACAUAUAUAUAUAUAUAUAUAAAUUAUAUAAU